AUUCUGAAAGUUGGUGCAGCAGGCGGCCAUCACGCUGGUGUCGCUAUUUUCAACUGCCUCACCAGCUAAAGACACACUCAUUACGUCUAUAAUCGCAACGCUAGAUUCUUGUCUUGGUUUCCCAGCCUCGAUUCCUUACUGAUGAGGGACUUUCGGCCCGACUGACACAGGGAGAUGGGGGUACACAAUAUUUCAGACCAGCCGCCUCUGGUCCAGGCCAUAUUUAAUCGAAAUGCGGAUGAAGUGAAGUUAUUUUUGCACAAGAAAGAUGAAGUCAAUGCACUGGACCAAGAGCGCCGCACACCUCUUCAUGCUGCUGCCUGGCUGGGGGACGUUCAUAUAAUGGAGCUUCUCAUCAGCGCAGGUGCGAAUGUCAAUGCAAAGGACCAUGUGUGGCUUACUCCAUUGCACAGAGCAGCUGCUUCCAGAAAUGAGAGGGCUGUGGGGCUGCUGCUAAGGAAGGGAGCUGACGUUACCGUGCGGGAUAAAUUCUGGCAGACACCACUGCACAUUGCGGCGGCCAACCGAGCCAUGCGUUGCGUCGAGGCCCUGCUGCCCCAUGUGAGCAGCCUGAAUAUGGCCGACCGCACAGGCAGAGCGCCCCUGCAUCACGCUGCUCAGAGUGGGUACCAGGAGAUGGUUAAAUUGCUGCUGAACAAGGGAGCCAAUCUGAGUGCCAGUGACAAGAAGGACAGGCAGCCCAUUCAUUGGGCAGCUUACCUUGGACAUCUGGAGGUGGUUAAGCUGCUGGUGUCUCAGGGCUCGGAUAAGAUCUGUAAGGAUAAGCGGGGAUACACCCCUCUCCACGCUGCUGCUGCCAGUGGCCACGUCGAUGUGGUCAAGUACCUGUUACGCAAUGGAGCCGAGAUUGAUGAGCCUAAUGCCUUUGGAAACACUGCUCUCCAUGUGGCCUGCUACACGGGACAGGAGGCCGUAGCCAACGAGCUGGUCAACCGUGGGGCCAAUGUCAACCAGCCCAACCACCGUGGCUACACGCCCCUGCACCUGGCUGCCGUGUCCACUAACGGGGCUCUCUGCCUGGAGCUGCUGGUCAACAACGGUGCUGAUGUCAACAUGCAGAGUAAAGAAGGGAAAAGCCCUUUGCACAUGGCAGCCAUUCAUGGACGUUUCACUCGCUCUCAGAUCCUCAUUCAAAACGGUGGGGAGAUAGAUUGUGUGGACAGAUAUGGCAAUACUCCACUUCAUGUUGCUGCAAAGUACGGCCACGAGCUGCUUAUCAGCACCUUAAUGACAAAUGGUGCUGACACAGCCAGACAAGGGAUUCAUGGGAUGUUUCCUCUACACUUAGCUGUGCUCUACGGGUCCUCUGACUGUUGUCGUAAACUACUUUCCUCAGGUCAGCUCUACAGCAUUGUGUUGUCAAUGAGUAAAGAACACGUGCUCUCGGCCGGAUUUGACAUCAACACCCCAGACAACUUUGGGAGGACCUGUCUACACGCUGCUGCCUCUGGAGGGAAUGUUGAUUGUCUCAACCUGCUCUUAAGCAGUAGAGCUGACUUGAAUAAGAAGGACAAGUUUGGAAGGACUCCUUUGCACUAUGCGGCUGCUAAUGGGAGGUAUCAGUGUGCGGUGGUUCUGGUAGGAGCGGGGGCGGAGGUCAAUGAGCGUGACCGCUCUGGCUGUACACCUCUACACUACUCGGCUGCAUCGACUGCGUUCUGCAGAACGGACCGACCCCAUGCCAGCACCCAUCAGAACCAAGAGGAUGGGGAGAAGGAAUCCUUCCUGUGUGUGGAGCAUUUGUUGGAUAAUGGUGCUGAUCCAUCUCUGUGCAACACUAAAGGAUACAGUGCUGUGCAUUAUGCUGCGGCUCAUGGCAACAAACAAAACCUGGAGCUGCUUUUAGAGAUGUGCUUCAACACACUAGGAGAUAAGGAGAACAACGGGUCCAUCAGCCCACUACACUUGGCAGUGGAGUCUGGUCACUGGGAAUGUGUCGCCGUGUUAAUUGAGUCUGGAGGGUAUGUGGAUGCCUGUGACCCGGUGGGGCGCUCUGUGCUGUACGUAGCCUCUCAAAGAGGACAUGCCCGCUGCGUAGAGCUGCUGCUCUGCCAAUCAGCAUCUUGCCUGCUCACAGAGCAUCGCAGCAAAUGGGGCCCUCUUCAUGUUGCAGCUGCCAACAGCCACUCAGAAUGUCUGCGGAUGCUGCUCUGUAGCGAGGGGGGAGACGAUCUCGUUAAUGUUACAGACGCGGAGGGACAAACUCCACUAAUGCUGGCAGUGCUGGGGGGACACACUGACUGUGUGCAUCUGCUGCUGGAAAGAGGAGCUUGCCCUGAUAUGAGAGACAGGAGAGGAAGAACAGCCUUACACAGAGGGGCGGUGAUGGGUCGGGAGGACUGUAUAACCGCCCUGCUGUCCCACAACGUUUCAGUCCUCAGCAAAGAUUUUCAGGGGCGAACUGCGGUCCAUCUGGCUGCCUCUUGCGGCCAUGCUGACAUUCUCUCCAAUCUACUUUCUGCUGCUGACCACUCCCACCCCCACGACCCAAUCACAGACCGCCACGGCUUCACACCCACACACUGGGCAGCCUAUCACGGUCAUGAAGACUGUUUGGAAGUUUUACUUGAACUUAAACCAUGUAGUAUCCAGGAGGGAAACCCCUUCACCCCACUGCACUGUGCUCUCAUUAAUGGCCAUAGUGGUUCUGCAGAGCUGCUGUUGGAAUCCAGUGUUUGUAAUUCGCUGGUAAACAUCAGGGAUGCCAAAGGAAGGACCCCACUUCACGCGGCCGCAGUUGCCGAGGACGUGGCUGGGCUGCAGCUGGUUCUGCGGCAUGGAGCUGACAUCAACGCCGUGGACCACUCAGGGCGUUCUGCACUGAUGGUGGCCGCCGACAAUGGCCAAAGUGGUGCUGUGGCCCUGCUGCUGCACAGAGCCAAAGCUGACCUGUCCCUCCUGGAUGUGAACAAGAACACUGCCCUGCACCUGGCCUGCAGCAAGGCUAAUGAAAUGUGUGCCAUGCUGAUCUUAAAGGAGAUCCACAACCCUAUCCUCAUAAAUGCAACCAACAGUAUGCUUCAGAUGCCCCUCCACAUUGCCGCCAGAAAUGGUUUGGCCACCGUGGUUCAGGCCUUGCUGAACCGUGGAGCCACAGUGCUGGCAGUGGAUGAGGAAGGUCAUACGCCAGCCCUGGCUUGCGCAUCCAAUAAAGCUGUUGCCGACUGCCUAGCUCUCAUUCUGUCAACCAUGAAGCCUUCCUCCUCCACGCCCUCUUCGUCUUCACCAUCUUCCCGCUUCAACCUGCUCAAGCACUGUGGCAUCACCGCCGCCUGUCCCCCCCUGCCCAAUGGAGGCCUUCGCCAUGGUUACGGCAAAGAUCGCCAUGGUGCUACUAUCGGCUUGGAUGGCUACUUGACCGAGUGAGGCGUUCUUACUCGCUAAAAAAAAAAAAAAUGCGUGGUCACUUGGUUUGGUCCUCUCUACACAUCUAGAUAAACCUAUAUGCAAUUACAGCCACACAUCCCUCCUGUGCCAGUAUCAAAGCUUUUCUUCACAUUUCAGUAGAGAGCGAACACAAGAGGACGAAUUUAGCUAUUUAUUUCUAUUUAUUUUCCCCCACUUUCCUUUUCCUCCCACCCACUGACUCCCAUUUUAGAUGCUGUCCAUUCAGUAUGAGUCUAAAAUCUAAGCCAUCUAUUCGAACCAGUAUGAAUCACUGGCGAGUCAGUCCUUUAUUUCUUCUCCAUUUGCAGUCGAUUCGACUCGGUUCAUGUUAGAAUUAUGCAGCUGUGUGUCUCCAUGGUAACAGUGAUAAUGGAUGGGUUUCCAUAUCAUGCCUCCUAUUUGCGUGACGCUGUGGCCUUGCAUAGGAAUUUACAGCCUGCCCUGAGGAACAAUUUAAACGGGUUACACUAGAUUUGCAUGAAUUUGCGGGACCAUGUAUUUGAUAGUGGUCUUGUGUGUGUGUGUGUUUGUGUGCGUGCGUGCGUGCGUGCACGUGUAUGUGUGACAUCCACUUUUGCUCAAAGUUUUUUUCAUCCCAUACUUGAUUAUUACGUUUUGAGGUUUUUAUGUGAGGUGCAAUCUGAUUUAGCACAGAUCAGGAAAAUAAACAAACAACCUAACAGAAUCAUAUUGACAGAAGGGAAACCAUACUACCUUAAGCCAAGAGACCAAUGUCCUCCUGAUAGAGGGGUCUGAUAUGUAAUGCUUGUUUACUUGUUAGAGAGAAAAGGUAUAGUGUUUGGAUGGGUGGGUUUUGAGGUUGAAAAUUCAUAUUAGGUUUACAAUGGUGGUAUUAGGUAGUCCAGAUCACUGUUUGUAGGUGGACAAGUUAAAAGUGUCAUGAUUUUGGCCGUUUAAACAACAUUAUGAAGAUGCUACACUAAGGAAGUAUAGAAAGCACAAACGUCAUACAUAGUACUUGCUCCUUGGGACCUUUGGGUUUUUUUUAUUUUUAUUUUGGUUGGUUUUAUUUUUUGUUUUUGGGCCUCAUAAAAUAUCUUCAAUUAAAUCUACUGCUUUGCUAUAAUAUUUAGUGUGGAGUUGCUUUCACAGUGCCUACUGAAUUUAGUUUUGUCUACCUACUAUCCAAUCAGUUAACCACCAUAUACACUCCCUUAAAGUCAUUGUGAAACAAGGGUUAAGUAUUUCACUAAAUCCGUCAUGAAUUGACCUGAAUUGUUGAACGUAUGAUUCAUAUAGACUUUGGGGAGUGUAUAUGUGAAGUUUGCAAAACUGAAGUGUUCAGGCUGAUUGGAGCUUUUUUACAUAUGUUUAUGGUGUUUAUGGGGAGCAGUCAUGGGUAUGACCAAAGCUGAGCGAUUUCUGAAUACCAUUUUAAUAGGAACCAAUAGAUAUCCAAAAAAAUCCUUUCAAUUGAAGUACUGAAAUAACAUUCACCCCUGCUCUUUUUAAAAUGCUUCCUUAUUGCCAAAGGUAGAUUAAUUAACAAAGUUAAGAUUGUGCUUCCAUUAGGUUUUUAGCACCUAAACACAAAAUAAGAACAUUGUGAAUGAGUGUUUGAAACAUCCCUUGGUUUGUUUGUGCACCACAAACAGGCAAUAUAUGAGACAAUCAGUUGAAAGGGCUUUUAAUUUUGCCAUAGAUUUCGUCAACACAUUUUUCCCAAUUAGGAAGAGCUAUAUAAAUCUAUAUCCCUUAAUUAAUACAUACUUCAGGCGUGAAAUAUGGAUUUGUUCUCAAUUAUACCAAUACUGUUGCUUUCAAUACUGUAUAUCAGGAUUUUAGUGAUGUAGAUAGAGCAGCUUUGAAGUGUUGUAACAUUAACUGAUAUUUUAUUGGUGAAUGACGGUGUGUGUAGACAAAUGAAACGGUAACAUUAGAUGUUUAAAGGCUGUGUGGAGAUCAUAUUUAUACUGAUUUAUGAAAUGACCUCUUUGUCUUUUGUAAUGACAAGUUUUGGCUGCUUAAACAAGUUUCUCCACUCCACGCAGACCUGAUAUAAAGCACUUGCUUGUUCAGUAACAAAAAAAGGAUGAAAAAUAUGCUUUUGCAUCUAUCAUAAGCUGUAAAUGGGCAAAUAUCUGACCUCUACUUGCAGGAGUGCAAAUGUGCAUGUGUGCAAAUCAGUUUAGUCAAGUUAUAUCGUAGUGUUUUGCCUUGGGAAAAAUUCUAAAUGGGCUACAUGACUAAGAGGAAGUCCCUCGUGGGAGUUUAAUUCAAGCUUAUUUACCUGUACUUGAGAUUGACUUUAUUACGUAUGAUAACUUUUGCUGCGGUUUGGUGGAGGGAAUUGGCGAGUGUCUAGACAGCACAGGGUACGAUAAUAAAGUGCAAGUUGAUGAGCUUGAAGUUAUUUGCACUGCCAGUUAUACUGCUUGUAGUUGUACAAAAAAAAAUAUUUAUACAUUUUGUCUAGCUAGUCAUACCACAAGUAGUUCGAAAAACAACUGCCCGUGGAGCCUGUGAUUAGUAAUACAUUUCAUUAUGGUGCAAGAAAAAGUGCUGCUUUCGAUUGUAUCUUGGAGCUAAUUUUUUAGAGGAGAUCUUUGUCUAUUUAUUAGCAAAAAUAAUUCUUAUCCAGCCAAAACAAACUAAAAAGUUUUUGUUUUAAUUCCUCAAAUUUCUAAUUGUCUUAUUGGCGUUGCACUAAAAUUGUUGGAUUGUUUUGUCGAAUGUAUGCCACGAUGGUAGCAGCUUGCUUCGAUGUUGGUGAAAAUCUUGAAUGCAGUAGUUAGCGAUUAAAUGAUUAGUUUGGCAAGAGGAACUGAACCCUUUCAGAACUUUUAAUAGACUGAAUUUGUGCAUUAGGUGUUCUGUGUACGAACAAUAAGGGAACCGGUCACAAACUGGCUUUUUUUUUUUUUUUUUUUUAUAUAUAGAGUAGAAUACAACUGGUAAGGGGAGUUUUCUCCCUAAAAUCAUUUAGUGCCAUAACUUUUUUUAUUUUCUUUUUCCUUUCUCAUUUUGAUAUGUUUGUAAAAAUGUGAAUGAAUGAUUCCUUGGGUUCAGUUUUUGAGUGUGCGUCAAGACCAUUACCAAAAAAAAGACGAACGAAGUUUAAGCUAACAUAAGCUACUGUGCCCAUUAUAUUUUUUGGAGAUCCACAUAGUGUGUUAAUUAUUGUAAAAUGCCAGUACUUUCACAAUCAGACUGUCUAAAAAUGCCAGUAUAUUCGUAACUAAGCUACUGAUGGGCUGUUUAGCCCAUGGUGGAGCUCACUUCCAUCUGAAAGCUUUCAUGGCUAAGCCAUAACUUAGCAUUUACCAUUAUAAAUUGAGUAGCAGGAUUUGAGUCAUUCAGUCAACGCCUCCUUCAGAAACAAUAUUUUGUAAAUCUUCCAUUGUAAUCAAUAGUUCCCACAAACCACUGAUAAUUUGAGGUUUAUUUCAAAGCAAUGGAAUUAUGAAACGCCUUAAUUUCAUCAUUAACCGAAGGGCAAAUUUGACAUUUACCAAAAUGACACAUUUACAUAACUUUUAUUGUUUUAUUCUGGAUCAGCAAUUUGUGCAGUUUAAAGAGCUCGUUUUUGUUUGUUUUUAUGUAAUUUUGCUAUGAAGGGCCAGCUUUUAUUGCCUGUUGACCAAGCUAUAAUGGUUGCAGUUACAUGCAGGCAGUUGGAAACUAGAGUUGUCUAAUAAUUGUAACCAUUUUGUUGGAAAGCAGACUAAUUGUAGCUAACUCAGUGUCCUUAUUGUAUGUCCAUCCUUGCAUUUUUGUAUCGUUUUUUUUUUUUUUUUUCUCGCAAAGGUAUUAAUGGCUGAUAGAAUGUCUGAUUUACCUCAGUGGACCUCAGCGUCCUUACUACUUGAAGACACAUACAUUUAAGGCAAUACUCAAAACACCCGUUUCGUUUAACCUAUGUCUAUCUCCCAACUUUUUGCCUUAAGAGGAAACGGUAUAGUUCAGCAAUCGCAGCACUUGAGAGAUUUUGUCGUUAACCUGGGAUCUCCUUCCAAUGAGAUGCAUAAGAAGCACACUGUUCUAUAGGUUGUUUUGCUGAAAGAUGUACCAUAAUGGCUUCUGGCCUCAAUUUAUUAGGAGUUUUGCACUAGAAAAAUAAUUGUGUCUUUUUGUUUAAUACAUAUGUGUCAAAUAUUUAGCUGUAAAAUUUAUUUGGAAUCACUAAUAUUUGACCAACUUUACUCAUUCUCCUAAAUAAAACAUCAAAAGUACUGGUUUUCACUAUUGAAUAUGACUUAUAAAAACAUCAAUUUGCAGAAUAAAAAAAAUCAGUAUGGGUAGGAAAUGGUAAAAGAUUUGGGAAUACAUCUAAGAAAAAAGUAUGUAUUAUCCAAUUAUAAAUUCUUUUAUACAAGGCAGAGUAGAUACAUUUUCUCAGCAUUUUUCGACGUCUUCGUUAAAGCAUUUAGGUAGUAAAUACUUGUGUGAUGUUAUAAAUGCAAAUAUUUCUAACAACGUAAAUAACAAGAGCACAAGAUGAUGUGCUGUACAUAAUUCUUCAAGAAGUGUGGUCAGAAUUGCCUUGACGUGGCAAUCUUACCUCAUAAACUAGCUAUCUCGUGCUAUAUGUACUGGUACAUGAAAUUUGGGUGGGCUUUUAGCUACGCAUGCUCCGUGCAACUGGAAUCCUAAGGUCACGGUCCGAGGCCUUGAAAUGGAAAACAUUGGAGUUUUCAAGGGGUGCUCUUGAACUUAAUGAUGUCCUUCACCCUGGCUUAGUGUUACUUCAUGUUUCUACUCAGUGAGCGCUAAUAGUUCAAAUUGUAAAUCUGCAAGCGAAUGAUCUAAUCAAAAAUAGCUGCUUUUUGUUGUUCUUGCCAGCAGCUUGUUUUCAUAAGGCUAAUUAGAAGACCACCGGAGCCUGACUGAAUGGCUGAUCUGACAAGGCACGUAGGGAUCCCUUUAAAAAGCAUUUUCAUAUUUAUAAAAAAAAACAAACAAAAACAAAAAAAGCUAUGCAGGAAUACUUUCUUUUGUCUCGCAGAGUUGCAUAGUGCCACCAUAGAUAUCCCAAGAGCUUCAUUGACUGAUCACGGACCUUCAGAAGUUCAUCUGUAAAUCUAACACUGACCUUACUUGCUUGUUGGCUUUGGUUGAGAAAAUGACUGCUUAGCGUGGCAUGCUGCUAUUUCUUUGGAGUCUGUAAGCAUCUUCAUCUCUUUAAAGUACUACACUUUGUGACGAGUAUGUGAGAUUGUGCCUUUUGUUAUCAAGUACAUGCCACAGGGUAUGGUCUUCCAUUAACACCUUUAGUGAGCCUUAUGAAUGAACAACUGUUGUAAGUUUCAAAAAUUACCACCAUCCAUGUGGUUGCGUUUUGAGCCGUCAAAAAUCGCGAUCAAAUUUCUCACAACACCGCAGAUGAAUAAAUAACCUUUGUAAAUUGAAUUUAACCAUAACGGCGAAAAUUUUGAUCGGUUCUAGCUAGUGACCUGUUCAAACUCUGUAUGGAAAAAAACGUGUUUAGUUUUACAACGUGUGAACUCUUUAGUGAAGUAGAUGUGUGCCGUGUCGUUUUUUGUGUGGUAAUGCAUUGGAGAUUAGUUGUAACCCAGUGUCUUGUAGAAUGUUGGCAUGACUCCUUUUCUCUAUGUUGUAUUGACGUCAACGUAUCCACCUGAAAUGGACUGAAGUGCAAUAACUUUUUUUGUGCGCCAUAGUAUCCUUAAUGGAGGAAAAUGCCCUCUUACAUCAUCCAUCGUGUUUUUUUUUUUGUUGUUGUUGUUUUUUUUAUGCAGGGUAUUUUAUUUCAAUUAUUUUAUUUGCCUCCAUAAGUGGCACUUUCUUGUGGAAUGUACAAUGGACUUGGUGGAAACUGUGAUGGGUGUCAAAGCCUUAUCAAUACUUAUUGCUUACUGGAAAGAUGGCAUUUCUGUUUGCUCAUCGGUUGAUUGGUCAGAGAGUGCUGUUUUUCAUGUUACUUCUCCAGUGCCACGUAAAGUCAGUGUCUGCUUUCGUGGCAUGUUAAGCAUUUGUGUGUGUGUGUGUGUGUUGGGGGGUGUUUAGACCUGUUCAUUUACCUCUAAUCAAUUGAUUUAAUACCAAAAGCGAAGUGCAUUACCAAGAAUUAUUUUUUUUUGUUUUGUUUUUUUGCAUUAGAGACGUGAUAGUUCUAUUUGGGGAUGGUAACUUGAAUGUUGUUGUUGUUGUCACCAGGGAAAUAUGCAGGGUUUGCUUUCUCCCCUCACAACAUUUGAACUUUGGGCCAUAUGUUAUGCGGUACCAAAGAAUGUUUCAAUGAUUAUUAGAUAAUUUCUUUUUUCUUUUUUCUUUUUUGGUCUGACAUCAAGAUCCCAAAAUUUGUCAUUUAAUGUCUUCAUAAGUUUUAGAAAAUAAAAUAAAAAAUGGAACCUGUACCAUAAAGAAACAUUCCUUUGAAUUUCAUUGUACAAAACAGAAGUACAGUUGACAACCAAUACCAGAAGUCAUAUAAUAAUCUUCAGAAUACCUUAAGUUGUAACUUACUUCAAGGUCCUUUUGGCUUCAAGCAAUCAAUGAUUUCAUAUUUGAUAUCACAGGGAGCACACUGAGUAAACUAAUCUAGUGUUUCACAACAUAGGACCAAUGUAUGUCUCUGUAGAGAUGGCCACUUGAUUUCAUUCAAGAACAAGCAAUACAAGUAUCAAGAGACAAUUGUAUAUUUCUAAAGAUUUGUUGGCUCUGGCUGCUUUUGGCCUGGCUAUGUAAUCUGUGGCACCUUAGGUUAACACCCUCUUCUUGUAACUGAAUCCAACAUAAGAGAUUUCAGUGCUGAGAGAGCCUUAUUUCAGUCAAACUGAAUGUGAAUUGGAUGUGUGCAGGAUUUGGCCAUUUUGAAGCGACUGGCUUUAAUCAAGUGGACCUCCUGCGUCCCGUGUUUGAAUCCAGUUUCACUAGGACCCGCCGUCUUUAAGACUUUCCAAAAGAUUGCUGUUACAAAAAAAGCAAAAAUACUACACAGUGGCUAUGUUUCCAUCGCCAAAACGCUGAAAUACAGGGUUACUGUCACUGCUUCCAAGCUCUGCUUGAACAUGCCAAGUAUUUGAAAUGCAUUACAAUGUGAAAGAAAUGUGACCCUGACUUUAAAAAAAAGCCACAAAACUGCACUGUUUACUUGAGUAUUGAACUCCAAGCCGUUCUCUGCUAAUUGUUUUGACAAUGGAAACAUAGUGACUGAUCGUGUAGGGCAGCACCCAGUGUGUAUGUGUUGUAUGUGCGAGUGCGACGAACAGGGGUCAUAUCAACCCUGUGUAUACCUCAUCAACAUAUCUGCAAAUAUUCUUAUCCUGUCUUUAAGUUGAACGUGUAAGAGAUACCAUCACCAGCAGAAGCCUGAGACCAUUGCAGGGUCUACGACAUCACACCAAUUCCGUAUCGACCAAUAAGAUCACCACUUGCUUGCGUAAAAAACCUACCGCUCCGCUUCAAGCCUGACCCAUCGCUGACACAAUGGUUUAGAUUUAGCGAAACGUGAGGCAUUUUAAGUAGCAUUAUCCUACCUCUGUGUUACAGCAUGUUGCAUCGAAAACUCCACCAAUUGUUGACAAAUGGAAAUAUAUAUGUAUAUGGAACAGAUAUAUAACUUAUAACCAACAAUCGGGUGAUAUAAGACAACAGUUAGCGUACUUGACUGUGUGUCUGUCUGUGUGUAACAUGAUAUUUGUUAGUGUAUACACAACAAAGUACCACUGGAAUGUGAAGCCAGACUGUAUUAUGAUUUUCUUUUUUCUAUUUUAUUCAAAUCCAACUUUCUCCCCAUUAUAUUUCAAAUGAUGUCAUAUGUGUCUUGCCUCUAUCGCUUCUUUAAUUUUUUUAUUUUUUAUUUUGCUUAAUUUUGAAAAAACAGGGGAAAAUAUCAGCCUAUACUUGCUGGCGUUUACAUUCGUGCUCGUUUUUUCCUCCGUUUCUUUGUCUGUUUCACUUUCUCUCACUUCUAAAUGUUCACUGUGAGCGCUCUGAACUCAAGUUUACAGCUCUUCGUGGUAUGUCCGUGUAUCUGGUCGAGUUCAGUAGAGUGCGUGGAUGGUUGUAUGACUUUGGUACUGAAGCAACAACUCAAUUUUCUACUGGUGGUGGGGGUUUGAAAGGGGGUUGGUUGGUUUGAGUUAUGCACAUUCAUUCUGUACUAAAAUAUGGGGUAUGUAGAGUUCCCUAGCCUUACGCCCUUCCAAAAACACUACGCCGGUCACUGGCUAAUUUGCGUUAGCUAUCCACCACCCUGCCAACUUUGUACCUUUGUACAUAUCCAUUUUGGACCUGGGGCACGGGGCGAAUUCGGUGGAUUCUGCCUGAAUCUGUCAGGAUGGUCACGUGACCCCUCCUAAACCUGAGGAAGGAGAACCCUCACCCUUUCAACCCCACAAAAAGACCUCAAGCCAUUCAUUUCCUUAUGUGACAAUGCAAUCCUGAAAGCACUUUGCCUUGUUAAUUCAUAGUAUGAGCUUGUGAAUGGUUACUUGUUACUAACAGAUGUGAAACUCUGUACGUGUAUUUAAGUAAGAAAGAACAUAAUCAUUUUUAAUUUGAGCUCAUUAAAAAUGAAUUGGUCUCUCUGACUUUAAAGACAAAAAAAAAUCCCAUAUGUUUUUGUUAGUCAGGUUCAUGAACUGCUGCAGCCAGUAGGUCUUGUCAUUCAGUAUCGUGGCUUAGAAUUGGUAAUGUUGAAAUAAAAUGCUAUUGCUACAUAUAA